UGUCCUUGUAUUACGAAGGCUUCAUCUCAGAUGCUCUGGCAUAACUUUCAUAAUAUUCAAGAGCGUAUUGCAGAAAGCCAAUUAUUUACUAAUGUAACGCGGUCUUUGAGGACGGCUUGGUUUGCGACCACAGACACCGGUUUUAAACCGGCAGUGCACUCCGGCACCUCAUUCAGUUCAGACGUUCACGCAUUUCGCAUAAAAUAAAAAACGUUAAAUUAUAAAAUGCUUGAAUACGUAACGCGCGUGAUUGUGUUUUAAAUACUUCAACGUGAAGUAGUUAAAAUAUUUCGACCUUAUUAACAUAUUUGUGAAAAAUGAAUGAAUCUGUGGCAGUGUCGAAUGACACUUGGCAAUGGUACAAGGAAGUGAUUUGGUCAUGGAUGGAAGACACCAGAGCGGAGGAGUUCGAGGGGCUAAAUAUGACCAAGCUGAAGAUGGAUCAGGCCUACAUGGUCGGAGUUUCCACUAGAGACGUGUACGUGUAUAGUGUUUCGGAUGAUUGCUUUAGAUGCCCGUUCGAGCUGCAACACAAUUUGUCAGCGGGGACGGAGUCCUCGUGGGUGAUCAACACAGCGCGGCGGUCAACGUGGCGGGUUUAUUCCGAAAUCACCGACAAAUAUGCCGUUGCUGCAGACGCUAAAGGUCUGCUGUGCCAACUCAGGCCUGAGAUGGGAGAGUUCGGGGUGUACAGACUGAACGCCACCGAGGAAGGCUGUGACAUCCGAACUGUCAGAGAACCCGUCGAUAUUUAUAUGCCUCUACUCGUUCUUUUUGGCGUUUUGCUUGCGGCAUGGGUGUUGUACGGAAUUGGUAAACUGAUAAUGUCGCGAGUGAGGAAGACGGGCAAAUUACGGUACGGAGACAAGGAGCUGGCGAUCCAACAGAGAUUACGAGCCCUAGACACCUUCAGAGGAAUCGCUAUCGUCUUCAUGAUCUUCGUGAAUGACGGCGCUGGUGGUUACUGGUGGUUGGAACACGCUACCUGGAACGGCUUGGUGGCAGGGGACUUGGUGUUCCCUGCCUUCCUCUGGAUCAUGGGCGUCUGCAUUCCACUGUCGGUCAAGAGCGCCUUCGCCAAGGGCGUGCCGAGGUGGAAGAUCGUUAUGCACAUUGUGCGGCGUUCAUGCAUGAUGUUCCUGCUGGGCAUGUCACUGAACACGAUUUACGGUUCGAACAUGCUUCAAGAGUUGCGCAUAUUUGGCGUGUUGCAGCGUCUUGCUGUGUCAUACUUGAUUGCCGCUGGCUUCUAUGCUUUGACUGCGCCUAAAUACUACACUCCUCCUAGGGGUGCAUGCGGGCAGGCGUUAAAAGACGUGCUCUCUUGCGUGUGGUGCUGGGUCCUGGCGGCUGUGUUGGUGGCGGCUCACACUGCCAUCACGUUCAUAGUCCAUCACGAACAAUGUCCAGCUGGUUACCUCGGCCCGGGUGGAAAACACGACGAAUGGGCAGCUCCUGGCUGCAGCGGCGGUGCUGCCGGCUACAUCGAUCGACUGCUGCUAGGCGAAUCACAUCUGUAUCAGAACAGUGACGCGCGACGGGUUUAUGGUGGAGACCCUACGGACCCUGAAGGACUUUUAGGCUGUUUAACGUCAGCAGUUCAAGCGCUUCUGGGAGUUCAGGCAGGAGCCACGGUGUUGCUACAGCGGUCGCAUAAGGCGCGCAUCUCCAGGUGGUUAGCCUGGUCUCUGGUGUUCGCUGUAGCAGGCGCCUUGUUAGCUGGUUUCUCAAGAGAACACGGAGUUAUUCCCAUCAAUAAGAAUCUUUGGUCUACGUCAUUCGUGCUGGUAACAACAGCCUGCUGCUUGGUUCUUUUGAGUCUGUGCUACACUCUGACUGACGCUUGGAGGCUGUGGGGUGGAGGACCCUUCAGGGCUCCAGGUCUCAACGCCAUCGCCUUGUAUGUUGGCCACUCUCUGUGCGCCCACUUAUUCCCCUUCCAUUGGAAAAUUCCAAACAUGCAAACCCAUUCUAUCCGGCUCAUAGAAGCGGUUUGGGGAACUGCCUUGUGGGUCAUUAUAGCCCACAUAAUGGCCAAGAAAAAGGUGUUUAUUACUCUAUGAAUUAAAUUUUGUACAGACUUAGUUUUAUCAGUUUCUAGCAUUUUAUAUUAUUGUAAUCUUAAGUGAUAUUUUUACGGUACAUUUUAAAAUGAAUAUGAAAUUACUUCGUAAAAACUUUUGGCAUUAUAAUUUGUAUUUCAAAUUUGGAAUCUAUAACAAAUCUAUAUUUUAUAUUAUCUAUGAUUAUUUCAUUUAAGUGAAUAUCUAAAAGUUCUUAUAUUGUCAAUAGACUAAGAAUUGAAAUAAGACUGACCAUGCAUGUAAAAUACAGGUGCUGUAAAGGUUCUAGAAUAUUUCGAGUUUUCACGUUAUAAAAUUCUAGUCUCGUUUGUUUAAAACAAAUAUUUAAAAACAAGAUUCUGUUCUAAUCCUCUGAGUGAUAAGACAUAAGGAUAAGUAAGCAUGCCUUUAAUUAAAUUCUUAUUUACAUA